UAAAUAAAUUGAUAACAGAAAAAUGGCCUUUAAACCAUGGGGCCUGAAAAUUCCCAGAAUUUAUGGCUACUAGUUUCCAAUUAAUCUAUUUUACCGUUUGCCAAAGUCCAUUAUUUUAUAGUGAAAGCAGCUGCCAUUUUCAGCCUUUUUCUCAUUAUUCCUCACUAUUAUUGAGCUUCUUAACUGAAAUAAAGCUAUUCAGGUCUAGUCAUUCCAUUUAAGGAAUAAAAAUCAGUAAAUGCUUUGAAAUACCUUUUUUUGUGUGUUACAAAACAUACUCCAAAUACCUUUUUGUAAAUAAUUAACUGAAUUUUCAAAAGAAAUACUGAGUUAGCCACUAGUGUUCACAGAAUGGUGAAAACUAUUGUUAGAGACCAUGAAUAUGGCAUUUAAAAGCUGGAUUUUUCUCAUAAUUUUGGUUGAUUCAGGAGAAACUUCGGCAGAAGAUAAGCCUUGUGAUUUGCCACUCAUAGAAAAUGGGAAGAUAGCCCAGUAUUAUUAUAGUUUUAAAAGUUAUUAUUUUCCAAUGAGUAAAGAGAAAAAGCUUUCCUACACCUGUGUGGCUGGCUAUACAACUGAAUCUGGGAGUCAAGAUGCAAGGAUAACAUGCACAGCAACAGGAUGGUCACCAGCACCAAAGUGUUAUAAAAAAUGUAGCAAACCUCUCUUGGAAAAUGGCAUCUUCUCUGAUACAAAAGUGUCCUACAAAAUAUGGGAACAAUUGCUAUACAGAUGUGCUUCCGGCUAUCAAACUCCAGGAGGUAAUGCUGAUGAAACAGUGCAAUGUCUUCCAGAAGGAUGGUCUUCUCACCCAAGCUGUGCUAAAAAGUUUGAGAGCUGCUUAGUACCAGACUUACAUCACGGCCACUACUCCACAACCCAGCGGAUCCUCAAACUGAAUGAAACACUGAUGUAUGAAUGUGAUGAGGGAUACCACACCAGAGGAGGAAACACUAUUGAAAAGGCAGUCUGUCGUACAUAUGGAUGGUCCCUUACUCCGAACUGCACUAAAGUAACAUGCUUCUUGUUAAGUGAGAUAGAACAUGGGAAUUUCUAUCCCAGGAAGAAAAGCUAUGAGGAAGGAGAUGUGGUUCAGUUUUUGUGUCAGAAAAAUUACUCUUUGAAUGGAUCUGAUUUAAUUCAGUGUUAUGACUUUGGAUGGUAUCCAGAGCCUCCAAUAUGUGAAGAUAGAAGAAAUAAAUGCCCUCCUCCACCUCAGCCUCCCAAUGCCAAUAUACUCACAGAUUUAAGAACAUAUCAUAAUGGAGCCAAAGUACAUUUGGCAUGUCAGCUUAAUUUUACAAUGAGAGGAUCAGAAGAAAUCCAGUGUGAGAAUGGAAAAUGGACUUCACCCCCAAGUUGCAUUGUUUUAGAAGCCAAAGAAAAAAUAUCAUGUGAUCAGCCACCUCCUAUUGAGAAGGGUACAGCAAUAACUGAGGAAAAGAUGUAUUACACAGGAGACACUAUUAGAUACAGUUGUGAUCAUGGCUACAGGAUAAAUGGAUCAAGUGUAAUAACCUGUAAAAUGGGAAAAUGGACAUCACCUCCUAAAUGUAUUGAAACACGGGAAACCUGCCCCUCUCCACCUGCAAUUAAAAGUGGUGCUAGUUUUGGACCAUUAUUGACAAACUACACAACAGGUUCCUCAGUAAAAUACAGAUGCCAUCGGUACCACAUAUUGGAGGGUCCUGAAACUGUUCAUUGUGUACAAGGAAAGUGGACAGCUCAGCCAACUUGUUUAGAACCAUGCACUCUUAAUGUGGAUGAUGUGAGCAAUAACAACAUAGAGAUGAAAUGGAGACUGGAAGGAGAGUUAUUUUUCCUGCAUGGUGAAACGAUAGAUUUUGUAUGUAAACAGGGAUACUAUUUGUCAUCCUCCAGCAGGCAGUCUCAGCUAACAGUACAGUGUACCCGUGGAAAAAUCAUAUAUCCAACAUGCAUUAUGGAAGAUCCCAAAGAAAAAUGUGGCUCCCCCCCUAUUAUUAAGAAUGGAGAUGUUAUUGACCCACGGCUGACAGAAUAUGAGAGUGAUUCUUCAGUUGAAUAUACUUGUUUUGAUCAUCAUUUUUUGCAAGGGUCCAAUAGAGUCUAUUGUUCCAACGGACAAUGGACUACCCCACCAGAUUGCAUAGAACCAUGCAUUUUAUCGAAGGACGUAAUGGACAAAAAUAACUUAAUACUGAGAUGGAGUUUUGAUGACAAAUCUUAUUCUUUCCAUGGGGAAUACAUUGAAUUUCUAUGUAAAGAGAAUCAUUAUGGAGCACCAUCAACUUCAGUGUUUGAUUUUAGAAUACAGUGUAGCAGAGGACAGCUGACAUAUCCGAGAUGUGUUGAGAGAGGAAGGUAAGAUGUCAACAGCACUGAUGCUUCAAGGGCUGUGAAAGAAGCCACGUUUUAUUUAGAAACCCGAUAAAACGUUACUAAACUAGUUUUAAAGACAAAGUGUUUGACCUUGUAGCCCACUUAAAACUUAAACAUGUAUUUACACUGGAUAUUUUCUUGGUUUAUGAACCUUAAAUAAAAAAGUCAUGCA